AUUUAUCAUAACCUAAAUUAAAAAUAUUCAAAACAACGUCAAGACACAUGCUGUCAUCAGAAUGGUUUUAUUGGAAAAUGAUGCGUUUUUAAGUGAACUGACUAAAUUAUUUGAUAAAUCGCGGCUGUCUGGCUCUGUAGUAAUGACAAUCAAAAAAUUCAAUGGACACAACAAACCUGUGCCUAGAGAAGGUCGAGCACCUCUACCCAAACCAACAGAAUACCUUUGUUUAGUCAGAGCAUCAUUAAGAUCGAAAAAAAUAUCUACAGUAAUUCAUUCGAAGGAUGUUAAUAAAUUCCAGCAAGCAUACUGGAACCUUUUAAAAACAAAUAUAAAUGGACUGAAAAAAUUAAAAAAAGUGAAAUCUGCAAAACCUAAAGUUCAUUAAUUAUUAAAUAGAGUCAUUGAAUUGAUAUAAUUAAGAUAAAUUAAAUGAUUUUUAAUAAUAGAAUGUUCUAAAAACUUAAUUAUACAUAUACCUGUUAAUAAUACACUAUAAUAUCAAAAUAAUGCAAACUCACAA